AUGAAUAACGCUCCGUCAGAUUCGACCGGCAGGCCCGCUGCUUCUGAUGCUUCGAGUAUGGACGUUUCACCUGCUUUAUCGCCUGCCUCGCGGUGGACUGGGGUACCCUCCGAAGAUGAUCGGCGGUUACAUAGUGUGGGAGUCGCCGCUCUAGCUGCCGUCUCACAGUACCCACGCCCUGUGGAUGAGGGGGAUUCUUUUUUAGUCUCAGAGGUUGUCAGUGCAAUGACGAGCAUUUCCCAUCCUGCGUUCCAUCGCUCCCAUCUGGCAAUGGAGAGUGAUGGAGAUAGCUCUGAGACUGACCAAGAUGGAGGAGUGUACUUGGAGGCGAGCAUGUCUGAGUCGGAGCCUUCCAGGUCAUUGUCGGGUGAUGAUACCGGUAUGGAAGACAUGGAAGAUUCGAUUGAGCGAACUGUGACCUGGCAAAACACCGCUACAAUCGCAAGUGCCCAUGAUCAUUCCAACUUGCAGACGGACAUGGUUAUGGACUAUGAGCCUCCCUUUGCGGACUAUGCUUCGUCGCCGUCUUCCGGGUCCGAUUAUGACCUAGAGGAUUUGCUCAAGUUUUAUCCAGGCGAAGAAGAAUACUUGCGCCAGCGCACAGCCGCUCGUUCCCCUGAGGUCUCUACGCACGAUGUGAACCUGGACCAAUUUUAUGACCAUGUCACUUAUGAUGAGCCUGACCUGGAAGCCUUACAGCCACCUGGUGGGACCACGGGCGAACCCCAGGAGGCUUUAGAAAUCCAUCCUGCAUCCAUCAUUCAUACAACCACUUUCGAGCGAAAUCACACCAUUGAUGAAUUUAUCCAUCGUUGGAUGGUUCAUUCCCGCACUGUGCCUUCUGAAUUUCACUCGGAGGGCAGAAUUCCACCACAAUUUCGCCCACUAUCAAAAAUGAUCAACUGGAGGCCACCUCGAGAUAUCUACCGACCGCAAAGAACAAAGCGCGAAUUUUUUGAUCUCCAGCAGAUUCCGUGGACCGAAACUUUGAAGGUGAAACGAGCCGACGCCCGUUCGCUUCGCGAUGCUUGGUACACAUCUUACCAUAACGUUAAUCAUUCACACAGCAACCAAGCGGAGCGACUGCCAAGAAGAGAGUUGUUUUUCCGGGCGAAAUCUAUGCAUACAGCGCACAAGGCUUCUAUCGAGCACUUUCAAUUGCGCAAUCUGAUGUCAGUUACGGCAUACAAUACUGUUCAGUUUGCCAGUCGGUCCAAAAUCCAGUCGUGGACCCCAUCCUUGGAUAAUUAUAGCUCUGUCAUUGAUUUGAGUCGCCCAAACCCUGACGUGGGAUUUCUUGGCCCGGUCAAGAUUUCCAGCAUGAAGUCUGGACACGGUCUUACGAUCGCAGGCGGGUUCUGUGGUGAAUAUGCGGUACAGGCAUCAGAUGGACAGGGCUCCGGUGUGCGAGGCUUGGUGACGCCGGACUUUAAUGACGGCAUCACGAACCACGUGGAUAUCAUUCGAAAUCGGACCGGCCGAUCGCCGAUUUGCGUGUUUGCCUCGAAUGAUCGCCACUUGCGGAUUCUGGACUGCGAAACCAAUAUGUUCCUGUCGGACCAGGAACUGUCGCGCCCGAUCAACUGCACCGCGACAUCUCCGGACAGUCGUCUCCGCGUGGUGAUCGGCGACUCACCAGACGCGUGGAUCAUCGAGGCCGACACCGGCCGCCCGGUCCAUCCGCUCCAAGGCCAUCGCGACUUCGGCUUCGCCUGCGCCUGGUCUCCUGAUAUGCGCCACAUCGCCACUAGCAACCAGGACAAAACAGUCAAUAUCUGGGAUGCGCGCACUUGGCGUGUCCUCGAAACCAUUGACUCUGACAUCGCAGGCUAUCGAUCCUUACGCUUCUCACCGGUAGGCGGUGGCCCGCGCACUCUACUCUGCUGUGAGCCUGCCGACCGGAUCUCUAUCAUUGAUGCUCAACUCUACCAAUCCCGCCAAGUGCAUGACUUUUUCGGUGAGAUUGGCGGUGCAGAUUACUCCCCGGACGGCAGUACGAUCUGGGUCGCAAACACAGACCCCCACUUUGGCGGGUUCAUGCAGUACGAGCGCCGCCAAUGGGGGAACACGUUUGGAUUGGCCGAUCUACCGAACGAGUGGCAGUACGAGUCAGACCUUGAGCGAGAUGAUCGGUGUCUGCUUACCUCGCAGGAGAGAAAGUUGCGAUUCAUGCGCAACUUGACCGAUGAGGAGCAUGAUCAAUUUUGUAUUUGA